CAAUAUAAAGCAUUGUUUAAUGAUAAACAAUUAACAAUAAGUAUUGUAACAUAUUCAAACAAUAUUGUAACAUUCAAAUAAUUCAGGAAGGGUUGCCAAUCUCGUUCACAAUUUUAUUAAGUUGGUAAACGGCAAAGUGACAUCUUCGAAAUAUUAUCGGCAAUGUCGAUAACUACACGACGAAAAUAUGCGAGGUGUUUCGUGUCUCAGCUAGACAUUACUUAAUUUUUCGCUAAUAUUCGAAACAUGCACAAUGUACAACAAAAGCUUUUAUUUUAAAUUCUACAUCUAGAGUGAAAGUGAUGCACAAUGCGUAUUGACAAUUUCUACACUGCGAAUAUUACGUCUCAUGUUACUUAAACAAUUAAGAUUCGAGAUACAAACUGGUAACAUACAAUAAACGAAUUAAAUCGUUGUUCGUGCAUUGUAUAAUCAAAGAUGUCCACUGGAAUUUCAUUCGGAAUGGUAAAUGAGAGUCAAGUGCCGAACGUAGUCGUCGAAGAUAGUAACUUUCGUUCAAAAAGCGUGGGAGUACCGACGAAUUUGCUUUCCGUUCUUCGUGGCUAGUCUUAGCCAGUGCUGUGCAUUUAACACGCUCGUCUGCGCGUUUGUGGUCCAUUCCAAUUGAAAAUGCGUGCCAGAAACAUUGAAUGCUGUGUUCUUUGGUGCUUGUUUCUAACCUACCACGUGGUUAGCGAGACUCUACCAUCAAUAAACAAAGACGAUGCACUGGUGUAUACUGUCGCUACGAAUGAAACUGAUGGUUACAAAAGAUUCCUCAGAUCGAUUAACGUUUACGGAAUUCGCCACAACUUGAGGGUUCUUGGUUUGGGAGAAGCUUGGCUCGGUGGCAAUGUAAAAACUAGCGCAGGAGGAGGAUAUAAAGUGAAUCUUCUGAAGAAGGCUCUCGAAGACUACAAAGAUGAUGAUCAGAAGAUUAUUAUAUUUACAGACAGUUACGACGUGAUAUAUUUAAGCGGCUUGGCCGAGAUCAUCAACAGGUUCAAGAGCAUGAACGCUAGAGUUCUGUUCUCCGCAGAAGGGAACUGUUGGCCGGAUAAAUCGCUGGCUUCUAAAUAUCCACCCGCGAGUCGAGGAAAACGCUUUCUGAAUUCCGGAGGUUUCAUAGGCUACGCCUCGGACAUUUACGCGAUUUUAACGUACGCCCCGAUCAAGAACAAAGAUGACGAUCAAUUGUUCUACACGUUGGCAUACCUCGACGAGAAAUUAAGGGAGCGUCACGAAAUCAAACUGGAUCACAAGUCUGAGAUAUUUCAGAAUCUCUAUGGUGCUGUAGCUGAUGUAGAAUUAAAAUUCGAGGGCGGCAAAGCCUCGCUUUUAAAUACUGUUUAUAAUACAGACUCAUUGAUACUCCAUGGAAAUGGUUACAGCAAGUUAUCACUGAAUUCUUUAGGAAAUUAUUUGGCUCACGCAUGGAGCCCUGAAGAGGGAUGUAUAAUGUGCUGGGAAGGAAUGAUAGAAUUGGAUAAAACAACGUCGAAAUCGUAUCCGAUUAUAUUAAUUGGUGUAUUUAUCGAACGGCCAACUCCUUUCUUGAACGAAUUUCUAGCUGCAAUAUAUCGACAAGCAUAUCCAAAGUCGAAGUUACAUUUAUUUGUACAUAAUAACGUGGGGUAUCACCAAGAUGUAGUUGAUAAAUUUAUAAACAAGGUCGGGAAGGAAUAUGUUAGCAGCAAGCAAAUCUCUGUGAAUGAUGCCAUGAAUGAAGUUGAUGCAAGAAACUUAGCUAUGGAUUAUUGCUUAUUAAAGGAGUGCUCUGGAUACUUCUCCAUUGAUUCUGUUUCUCAUUUAGACAACGAACAUGCUUUGAAACUUCUAAUAGAACAGCAGCGAGACAUUAUCGCGCCAUUACUGGUCAGACCGUAUAAAAUGUGGAGCAAUUUCUGGGGGGCUAUAAUGGAUGAUGGAUUCUAUGCUCGAAGUUUUGAUUAUAUAGAGAUCGUCAAGAAUGAACGCAGGGGACUAUGGAAUGUUCCAUUUAUCAGUAAUUGCUAUUUAAUUAAUGCAACACUGAUAAGGAACAAAAGCACUCGUCCGUCUUAUUCAGAAGGCGAUUUGGACGCAGAUAUGGCUUUUGCUUACGCUAACAGAGAACGACUUGACUUCGGGCAUCUCGUUAAUCCAGAUAAUUAUGACAUCACGGUCACUCGCCCGGAUUUGUAUCAAAUUUUCGACAAUAAACUGGACUGGGAGAAAAAGUACAUUCACGAAAAUUACUCGGAAAACUUUAAUCCAAAUCGAACACCAACGCAGCCUUGCCCAGAUGUUUACUGGUUCCCCAUAGUCAACGAGAGAUUCACGAAAGAGUUGAUAGAUGUUAUGGAAGCGUACGGGAAAUGGUCGGAUGGAUCAAAUCAUGAUCCGAGAUUAACGGGUGGUUAUGAAAACGUACCAACCCGUGAUAUACAUAUGAAUCAAAUAAAAUACGAGCCACAGUGGCUAUACUUUUUAAAGGAGUAUGUCAGACCACUUCAGGAACUUGUGUUCACCGGAUAUUAUCAUGAUGAUCCACGUAUCGAAGGUGGAUACGAAGCCGUACCAACACGAGAUAUUCACAUGAAACAAGUCGGCCUCCAUGAUUCUUGGUUAAAUUUUCUUUAUGAAUAUGUUAGCCCCUUGCAAGAGCGUGUUUUUAUAGGAUACAACACGAACCCACCACGGUCACUCAUGAAUUUCGUCGUAAGAUAUCGUCCAGAUGAACAACCAUCGUUGAAGCCACAUCAUGACAGUUCAACUUACACCAUCAACAUUGCUCUAAACAGGGUGGGAAUGGAUUAUGAAGGUGGAGGUUGUCGAUUUAUCCGUUAUAACUGUUCUGUUACGGACACAAAACCAGGAUGGAUGUUGAUGCAUCCAGGAAGAUUAACUCAUUAUCACGAAGGACUACGAGUUAUCAGUGGCACAAGAUAUAUCAUGAUUUCAUUCGUCGAUCCCUAAUCGAUAUUAUCGACAUUAGGAACACGAUAACUGAACGUAUAGAGAAUGUUUAACUGACUUCUUAUACUUGUGAAUCUGUCACAUAGUAUUAUUAGUUUGAAACUUAAACUGCCGAUGCGAACAAAAUGUGCAUUUAAAAAAGAUAAAGCUCUUGUAUCGAUGUUAUUUUUUUAAUGUAAGGAGAAUAUUCGAAAUAGUUAACUUUAAGUGUUUGUAUGGAAAUAAAAUGUUGAGUCGCACUUGUAUUUAAUAUUAUUACAACAUGGCCAUUAGUAAAUCAGAUUUAAUUUCUGUCCCUUUUUUAUUAUUAUUAUUGUUAUUAUUA